AUGGAUUUCAGCCCCGAGGAGGAGCGGGCGGGCAUACACAGUUCCAUCAACCUACACACCAAACGCGUUGUCGCCGCCUUCUACUCGAUUAUUGAGUGUGCACAGCUCGAGGCGACGCAGGACUGUCUUCUGCGCACGGAGAUCGACAACUUUCAGUUGAAGCUUCAUAACGAUAGCCUGCUGCACAGCUGUCGCAGCCUAUACACCAUAGCCUCCGACCUGGUGAUAAACGAGCUGCUGCACUCCCCCGAACCGAAAUUGCGAAAACGCGUUAAGGACGAAACCGACAUCGCGCGUACCCUAGCGGUGUUGCGCAAACGCAUUUCCGACUUCGAGAACGUGCUAUCUGUGAAUGACAGGGGGCCCAGAAUAACAGAACUACCGAGGCGAAAGGACGCCUGA